UCAAUGUCGCAUUCAAAACUUUCGUUCUCCAUGCAAAUAAUCUUGUAAGAAGCCGCAUUGUGCUUCGGGUAACAGUCAAUGCUCUCGUGGUGAACUUCGCAAUAGUACAUUUGGACUAGACCUGGGAGAUAAAGAACUGAGCGUGAGCGCAACCCAGUGUCAUUGGUCAUUGUAGCCCGACAUGCCUGAGCUCCCGGAGCAACCGCUUAAUCGCGAGCCACAUCUGCAAGAUCUGGUGUCGAAGUUCUUGACUCCCGUGGAUGAAGGUUACGAUCGCAACCACGGCAUCCACCCUAAUAUCGACGGAAGCACUCAUGUCGUGACCAUUGAUGGCUCGGUUCACCGCGAGCUGAAGCUCUUGGUCAAGGAUCUGCAGAACGACUUCAAGCAACAUGAUGUUGUCUGUGCUUUGCAGUGCGCAGGUAACCGCCGUCAUACUAUGCGGACGAAGAUACAUGAAGUUCAGGGUAUUGACUGGUUCGACGGCGCCGUGAUGAAUUGCAAAUGGACCGGCCCCAAGCUCAGAGAUGUGCUUGAGCGUGCAGGCAUUGCACUUGGUGAUGCUGAGAAGCAGACCGCACACAUUGCGUUCGCAUGCUACUCUACUCCUUGCCAGGAGGAUACGUGGUAUGGCGCUUCGAUUCCGCUCUCACGGGCUUUACGCGAGGAUGCCGAUGUUCUUCUGGCAUUGAAGAUGAACGGCCAAAGGUUGACGGUUGGGCAUGGCUACCCUGUUCGAGUUGUGACGCCUGGAAUAGCUGGCGCACGCGCAGUCAAGUGGCUUGACCGCAUAACGGUGCAAAUGAAGGAGAGUGAAAAUCAUUACAUGCAGUAUGACUACAAGGUCUUGCCGCCGGAUGCAACCGAUUCCGAGUCAGCGAAAAAGUACUGGGGCACUACCCCUGCCAUUCAAGCAAUGCCCGUUAAUAGCACCAUUGCCCUCCCUACCGGAGGAUCCUCCGUUGAGCGAGAGACGGACGGGUAUAUUACAGUAAAAGGAUAUGCAGUUCCUUCCGGAGACGAUGGUCCAGUCGUAAAGGUCGAGGUCUCCGCAGAUGGUGGCAUCAACUGGACCGAUGCUGAGCUGCUGAGCCACCAAGAUGAGGGCAAGUGGUCCUGGAAGCUGUGGAGGUGCAAGCUACAGAUCCCGUCUGGCAGUGCAAGAACCAUCUAUAGUCGUGCUACGGAUGCAGCAGGCAACACACAGCCCAAGAGGUCUCAGUGGAACUUGCGUGGAGUGUGCUACAACGGUUAUGGGGAGGCUGCCGACAUCACGGUCAAGUGAGGCAGCGGAGAAGAUAUGUCGCACCUGUCAGUACUCGGGAAGGCAGCUUUGACAGCACUACCAUCGCCACGACAACAAUCCAAGCUUGCAAACGCAUUUGGAGGUCCG